GGCUGUAGACGCCAACGGCGUGGGAGGAAAGGACGGGAUCGGGGGCGGGAAGUUCCCGGCAGGAGCCAAACAGGGAGGAGAGGGACAGGGCGAUGCGACGGACGGGCGCCCCCGCUCAGGCCGAGUCCCGGGGGCGAGGUCGAGCCAGGGGCGGCGGCCCCGGGGGCGAGGCGACGCCGUCUCUUCCUCCACCUCGCGGCGGAACCCGAGGACAGGAGCCUCAGAUGAAAGAAACCAUCAUGAACCAGGAAAAACUCGCCAAGUUGCAGGCGCAAGUGCGCAUUGGUGGGAAAGGAACUGCUCGCAGAAAGAAGAAGGUGGUGCAUAGAACGGCGACCGCCGAUGAUAAAAAACUUCAGUUCUCCCUAAAAAAAUUAGGGGUGAACAAUAUCUCUGGUAUUGAAGAGGUGAAUAUGUUUACAAACCAAGGAACAGUGAUCCACUUCAACAACCCAAAAGUUCAGGCUUCUCUGGCAGCGAACACAUUCACCAUCACCGGCCACGCCGAGACGAAGCAGCUGACGGAGAUGCUCCCCAGCAUCUUAAACCAGCUCGGAGCGGACAGCCUGACCAGCUUGAGGAGGCUGGCCGAGGCUCUGCCCAAGCAGUCUGUGGAUGGAAAAGCGCCGCUUGCUACUGGGGAGGAGGAUGAUGAUGAAGUUCCAGAUCUUGUGGAGAAUUUCGACGAGGCUUCCAAGAAUGAGGCAAACUGAAGGGAGUAGGAGUAGUCGGUUUCUGACGAGAGUAAAACUUGAGGAAGCUUCUGGGAGCUGCUGUUUUAUAUUAUGACUGCUUUUUAAAAUUGUUUUGUUUAUGAUCUGAUAAAAUCUAGAUCUCUAAUAUUUUUAAGCUCAAGCCCCUUUGACAGUGCAGCUCUUUUCAGUUUUUGCUUAUAUACAAAUCAUUCUUUGCAGCUAAUUAAGCUGAAAAAGCCUGGGAAUAAAGUUUGAAACAAAGAUUAAUAAA